AUGAGCAACGGAAAAGAACUUUCAUUUAUAUCUUGGCAACGUCAAAAUUUACUUAUGAAUGCUYUAGCACAAGAAAUAUUAGUUAUUAUUAAAUUUGAAAUCCAAAAUACUAAAUUCUUUAGCAUAAGUAUAGAUUCUACUUUUGAUAUUUCGAAAAGAGAACAAGUUUCAUUUGUCAUUUGUUAUACAGAAGAAGAAAAAGUAUUUGAAAGACUUAUUUCCAUCAAAGAAUUAAUAUUCACUUUUGAACUAUUUAUAAAAGUUAUGGAGUACAAUCAUUUAGAUKGGAACAAUUUCUUAGUUGGACAGUUUUAUGAUGGAGCAGCCAGCAUGCAAGGUAAAUACAACGGGCUACAGAUUAAAACCAAAGAGUUGGUUCRUGUGCUAAAGCUGUUGWUUUAUUUGGAAAUAUGGAGAAACUAUUUACUUUUAUCAGUUGUAGUADGAAGCGAAUUUCCAUGUAUUGUGAAAAACAAAAAAAAAUUAUAUCCAAAUGCACGUGUAAAGGCAUUAAAAAAAGUURCAACCACAAGAUGGAUGUCUCAAGCUUAUGCUUUAACAACUUUGCUUGAAACACUGGAUUUCAUUUUAGAAACUUUAGAAAAUAUAAAAAGUUUAGAAGGACAGGUUGAUUUUAAAACAGGGGCAGAAUUAUUUGAUUUUAUUGAACCUGUUAGUAGAGCUUUACAAGCUCAUAAUAUUGAUAUACUAAUGGCUAUUGAACUAAUAAAGAAAACAGAAAAAAAUAUUAWAUGUUUGAGAUCUAGUGACAURUUUUUCAAUAUUUAUGAAUCAGUAAAACAAUUUGCCAAAGACAAUAAUUUUGAAUCUAAACUGACAUUACCAACAAGAAGACCUAUACGAGUUCCACGACAGCCCGGUGAAUUGUCUAAUGAUGAACAAAUAAAUGAUCCUGUGACGGCUUAUAAAGUAAACACAUAUUUUGUGAUUAUUGAUAAAGUAUUAUCUGAACUUAAUAAAAGGUUUAAUAAUAACUCUAUUAUGAUAGCAAUGGAUCUAUCUUUAUUAACAAUUAAAGUAAUUGCUAGUACUAUGAAAAAUAAAAAUAUACCUGUUGAUGCAUUUUCUUCCAUCUGUAAUAAUUAUAAUCAAAUUCUUAAUAAAGAAGAUGUUGUACGAGAAUAUGAACAACUU